AUGCAGUCCUUCACCGUUGUAGCCAUCCUGUUGUGCGUGUGUGCGCUCGGCUGUUCCGCGCAGUACGGCGGAUACGCACCUCAUCCCAAACCGGCCGCGUACCAUCACGCUCCGGCUGCACCGGCCAUGCACCAUGGUCAUCAUGGCUACGGCAAGGGUGGUCACGUGCCGUGCGGUGCUAACCUGCUCGUGUCCUGCGCGCCCCAUGUCGCGCACGUGCCAUGUGUGCCAGCCCACGGAGGACACCAUCAGCAGCACUACGGAGGACACCAUCAGCCUCAGCACCACGGAGGAUACCGUGCGUUCGAGCAGGGUGAAUCGGAAUCCGAACAGUGA